UUUACUCUUCAUAAGGCGCUCCCUUUACCUGAACUGUGCAGAAAAGAAGAUGGGCGAAUUGGUCAUAAUUUUCUCCCCCAUCGAAUCACACGUGUGGCAAUAACAUGUUGCUGUUUUGCCUCUACACGUGACGGUAACUCACUGAGAGAAACACUCCCCUCCCUAUGUGGGCCAAAACACCGAUAUGCUUCUCGAAAGAUAAACUCUCACACCUGUAUACAUCUGCAGCGUACAAACUGUAGAGGGGAACCCCCACUCAACUGAUGAGGCCAUACCUCCCCCACUUCCACUCCUCCAAGGGGGGUCAAACAAAUUGGCCUCUCCCCCCCCACAACAAGAUGAAAAGUGAAGCCCCAGUUUGGAUACACCCUACCGAUGAAGUGGAUGCCAAAAAAUGAGUGUAGCUUCCCUUUUUCUCACCCCCCUAAAGGGUAAACUACUCAACAAAGUGAAAAACGACAAAGGGUACCUCCUGUACAGCACGGUGGCCAAACGGUUUGGAGAACUUCACCAGCCAAGAACAACAAGCGAAAAGAAGAGUCACCUCGAAAUGAUUGACGAGGUGUACUUUGACAUGGCGGACGCGAUGAAAGAAAAGAACAAACUAGAAAUGGAAGAAUAUAGCAGCCUGCAUAGAAACAUUUCCGAAAUUAUUUUGAGCCACAACACAUCUAAGAAGAGCGAAGUUGUGAAGAACAUAAUGAGGUACUGCAUCGAGUUGAGCAGAAGUAGCAAAACGGACGAUCAAGGAAGUGGAAAUAAGAAGAAAAAAAAAAAAGGGGGAGACCCGAACGAAGUGCAACUAACGGAAGAGGAAAAAAAAAAAGACGUCCUGGACAUCAUCAAGUGCAACAUAAAGGAGCACUCCAGCCAGUUCAACUCCUGCGAAAUAGGAAUCAUCCUCAAGUGCCUCCUCAAAAUUAGAGUGAACGACCCAUGCAUGGUAAACACACUACUGCAACACUAUUUUAGACGAAAUGUGAAGUUCUCUCAGUAUGGGUCUUUAUACGUACUGUACGCUUUUGCCAAGUUGAAGCUUCUCCCGGAGCAUGAAAAUAAUUUCAAACUGUUGUGCUCAGAUAUUGUGAAAAAAAUUAACAAUUUUGAGUUCAAAAAUUUAUGCCUUAUUUGUAACUACUUGUCUUCGCUGUACAAUUUUAACAGAUUUUACAUCCGAAAUGUGGUGCAGCAGAUAUGCUCACACCUUACUGGGAAAGACUCACAGAGGGAAAACCCCCCUGAGGGAGACGCAGGCGUAUACCCCGAUUCAGCGUGGUGCCCUGAUUCGAUUCACUACGUGGCGAAUGCAUGUGCUAGGGUUAACCACUUGAACAAAGAACUGUUUCAUUUUUUGAAGAACAAAAUUGAAGAGAAAGCCGCGUACUUCUCCAUAGACCAGCUGGUUUCCCUAACAAACGCGUACAGCAAAUUUAAAAGUGCGGAAGAGGCAAACUUCUUAACGUUAUACAUACGCAUAGCAGAGGAAUUAAUAAAUAAAUCGUAUCUGCUCAAACCAAGACAUUUGAGCGUUUUAGCCAAUUCGUUUAAUAACGCAUGUGUGUUGCACGAGGAACUGUUUCAUAUCAUCACACAAAAUAGCCUACACCUUUUGGGUUCUUUUGAACCGAAGCAGAUCGUAAUGAUAAUACAUGCGUAUGUAAAUAUUGGCUUGUCAAAUAAUGCACUUCUAGAAUCCAUCUGGAAUACUGCCUCGGUAUUUAUUGAGGAAUACACCCUGCAGGAGUUGUCCAUGCUGUUGCAGGCCUAUACGAAGAGUUCACAACACCGGCAGGAUUUCUUCCUCCAACUGAGCCGAAAAAUUUAUUCCCUCAUUACGACGUCUUAUCCAUUUUUGGAGCAAAAUGGGAAGGCCAAUUCUAUAACGUACACUUAUAAGAAGUACGUUCAAAUGAUCGAAAAGGCCAAGGGGGUUCUCAAUUUAACUCCAGAAAGGACCACCUCAGAAGAGCUCUUCUCCAUUUUAUACCUUUUGAUUAAUCACCAAUAUUUUUGCAGUUAUGUGGAUAACCUCUCAACUGUGGUGGGUGCCAAACAGGAUUGUCCUCUCCAUUCGGGGGGGCACACCCAAAGUGGGAGCCCCCCAAAGGGACCACCAACAGGGAAUGAAAUGAAUCGAAGCAAACAUCUUAUCAGCUUUGAAGGACACACGUUGGAGGGCGAAAAGGACGAGUCACACGCUUUUGCGACCAGAACGGUGGGGAUGGAAGAAGUUACUCACAUUAAGCAUUGCAGUGGCCAUAACAGUGAGACGUCUCCUUUGACCCCAACCCUAUCUGGUAAAACCAAAAGGCAGAAUGGUGUCGAUCCAAAUGAGCAUCCCAACCCUGACAGGGGUGACACCCAAGUGAAACAUCUCCAUGAGAGUGGCUCCCCUAGUGGAAACAACCCCCCGUCCGAACUACCCAAAAUGAACUACUCUAACUGCUCAGUUAGCCACCCCCUAGAAACAGACCAAAUGGAACAACUGCUUAUAACCCACCUGAGCAAGGACAUAAAUUCCACCUUGGUAUGCUCAAUAAUUUAUUCCCUAAUUAAAGGGAACUGCUUGCUCCAGUACGACUUGCUCAUCUGCCUAUCCAAAUUAGCCCUCAUCUUUCUCAAGCAGUUUAAAAGUUCCGAGCUAGCCAAUGUGUGUUCCGCUCUCUCAGAGGCUUACGUACGUGCCUCGGAUGAAAAUAAUAGGCAGAAUGAACUCAUAGCGAAACGGCAAAAUGGGAGGGACUCUUUGGAUACCGCUGACGAGGGAGCUGCUCCGUCUGAAACUACCUCAACAUUGAGAGUGCACCCCCCCAAUGGGAAAAACAAAACGGAGAAGAACGCACCAACCUACGAUGAACAGCUCUACAAUUCGUCCAAGCAAUACUUAACCAUGUGCAUCCUCUUUUUCGAUAACGUGCAAUCCCAUUUGGGAAAGAAAAAAAGUUCCUUUACCGAUGUGCACAGUACGUACAAAUUGAUAACUGCCUUUGGGGGGCUGCGGAUGAGCAAGUACUCCUCCAUCUCUUUGCAUUUAUUUAGGCUCUCUCUCCUGGAGAUUAAGCAGCUGUCCUAUUUGCCCCUCCAGAAGAUGGCAAACGCGUUCAUGCAGAUGAACGUCUACAAUGAAGACGUCUAUGCGUUUAUAAACAAAAUACAGAAGACGAAACGGAACAAGUGA